CUCAGGGGGAAGAGAAACAGAGAGUGUCAUUGGCUGAGGACUCGCAUCUGCCUCUCCCCUGAAAAUACGGCAGAUCAUUUAAAGUCGGUUUACAUCCAUCGAAACUUGUGAAACUGAAUCUGGACUAAACCAGGAGCAGCUUCUCAAACCAGAUCUGUCUUCAUCGCCUUCUGUGCAUUUCUUUGACCAGUAAGGAAUCAUGGUUUUCCACAAGGAGUUCCAGAAUGCAGGUAAAGAGCCUGGUCUGCAGAUUUGGAGAAUAGAGAAGAUGGACCUGAAACCGGUCCCCAAACAGCUCCAAGGAAACUUCUUCACUGGAGAUGCCUAUGUUGUCCUUUACACCACUCCUGCUCCAUCCUACAAUGUCCACAUGUGGUUGGGUAAUGAGUGCUCUCAGGAUGAGGGUGGAGCUGCUGCCAUCUUUGCUAUGCAGCUGGACGAUCAUCUGGGUGGAGCACCAGUCCAGUACCGUGAGGUUCAGAACAACGAGUCCGUCACCUUCCUUGGCUACUUUAAAACUGGAAUUAAGUACAAGCAAGGUGGUGUGGCCUCUGGGUUCCAGCAUGUGGUGACCAAUGACAUGAACGUGAAGCGUCUGCUUCACAUUAAAGGGCGACGUGCCAUUCGCGCCACUGAGGUCAAUAUGUCUUGGGCCAGCUUCAAUCGUGGAGACUGCUUCAUCAUUGAUCUUGGCAAGGACAUCUACCAAUGGUGUGGGAGUGAAUGCAACCGUUUUGAGCGGUUGAAAGCCUCCGAGUUGGCAAUCGGCAUUCGUGAUAAUGAGAGAAAUGGGCGCGCCAGUCUGCAAAUGGUUGAGGAUGGUUCUGAGCCAGAGGCUGUCCUUAGUGCUCUUGGACCCAAGCCCAACAUCCCAGCAGGAAGUCCUGACGAUGAGACGACUGACAGAAGCAAUCAGAAAAAGGGCUCACUCUACAUGGUAUCAGAUGCUGCAGGCUCUAUGAAGACAACACUGGUGGCCCAGAGCAGCCCUUUCAAACAGGAGAUGCUUACUCCCACCGAGUGCUACAUCCUGGACAAUGGAGUGGACAGCAAGAUCUUUCUUUGGAAAGGACCAAGUGCAAACAUUGAAGAACGUAAGACAGCCAUGAAGGUCGCAGAGCAGUUUAUCAAAGAGAAGAACUACCCUAAAAACACACAGAUCCAGGUUAUGCCAGCUGGAGGUGAGACCACACUGUUCAAACAGUUCUUCAGUAACUGGAAGGAUAAGGAUCAAACCACAGGUCCAGGCCAGGCCUACAGCAUUGGCCGCAUUGCCCGUGUUUCGCAGGUUCCUUUUGACGCCUCCAGUCUGCACUCCAACAAAACAAUGGCUGCUCAGCACGGUAUGGUGGAUGACGGCUCUGGCAAGGUUCAGGUAUGGCGCGUCGAGGGUGGGGAUAAAGUUCCUGUGGACCCUUCUAGCUAUGGGCAGUUUUAUGGUGGAGACUGUUACCUGAUUCUCUACACCUAUCGCCAAGGAAGCAGAGAGCAACACAUUAUCUACACCUGGCAAGGACUGAAGUGUACACAAGAUGAGCUGGCUGCCUCAGCUUUCCUAACUGUCAAGCUGGAUGAUUCCAUGGGCGGUUCCCCUGUCCAGGUACGUGUCACUCAGGGCCAGGAACCGGCCCAUUUGAUGAGUCUGUUCAAGGGGAAACCCAUGGUCAUCCACCUGGGUGGGACUUCACGUAAAGGUGGUCAGAGUCGGGCUGGCAGCACACGGCUCUUCCACAUCCGCCAGAGCUCCACCCGUGCAACACGCGCUGUGGAGGUGGAACCUUCUGCAUCUAAACUGAACACUAAUGAUGUGUUUGUGCUGAAGUUUCCUGACGGCCUGUUUGUGUGGAAAGGAGUGGCCGCUUCAGAGGAAGAAAUGGCUGCUGCAAAAUAUGUCAGCAGCUUCCUUGGAGGCAGUGUUACGGAAAUUUCAGAGGGCAAAGAGCCGGCUGCAUUUUGGUCUGCUUUGGGUGGAAAGAAGGACUAUCAGACCUCCAAAAGUCUGCAGAAGAGUGUUAAACCUCCUCGUCUGUUUGGCUGCUCCAACAAGACUGGACGUCUAAUUGCUGAGGAAGUUCCUGGAGAUUUCACCCAGUCUGAUUUGGCCACUGAUGAUGUCAUGCUUCUGGAUACCGGGGAUCAGAUCUUUCUUUGGAUUGGUAAUGAUGCCAACGAGGUAGAGAAGACUGGAUCAGCUAACAUAGCUAAAGAAUAUGUGGACUCUGACCCCUCUGGUCGCCGUGGCACCCCAGUCAUCACUAUAAAGCAAGGCUUUGAGCCCCCAACCUUCACUGGCUGGUUCCAGGCUUGGGACUCAAAGAUGUGGGACACAGACCCAAUGGAUCGCAUCCGUGCUCGUUUCUAAAACAUACAAACUGCUAUAUAUUUUUGCAUAGCUUCCAGAAUACUCACCUUGUGUCUUUAAUGCAUUGGUGGUCUGCAAGGGAUGCUGAAGGAACACAGUUUGCAAAAAUACUGCAUGAUAAGCCACUAUGUACCGUAUUUUGCUACUAUUAACGACUUUUUGCCUUGUUGUUUCUGUGCCUUGACUUUGCCUUGUUAUACCUUUAAACUCUUUUAUAUAUCUUUUUUUUUUUUGUAUAAUUCUGUAUUCCAGUGAUGUUUUCAACCACAUGAUCAUUAAGAUUUUUUUUUUUUUUAAAUGGCUAUUAAAAGGAAUGAAAAAGGAAAAUGUAGAAUUUUAUAUGCAAGACAACUUUUAUUUGCAAUUGACAGACUUUUGGAUUAUUAAAAA